AGCGCUGCCCGCUGCAGAGGGACGGCGUGUACCGCUGGUUCUCGGAGCUGCCGUCGCCGCAGCGCGUGGAGUUCCUGUGCGGCCUGCUGGACCUGUGCAUCCCGCUCGAGCUGCGCUUCCUCGGCUCGUGCCUCGAGGACCUGGCCCGCAAGGACUACCACUCGCUGCGCGACUCGGAGAUCAAGGCCAACAACCCAGCCGACCUGGGCAGCCUCACCAACCUGACGGACGAGGUGGUGCGCAGCAAGCUGCUCGUGUCGCUGGCGCUGCUGGGCUCGGAGCAGCGCGAGGCGGCGGGCGUGCUCUACCGCACGCUCACGCACAUCGACUCCAUCAUCCACAACUACGGGCUGCAGCUCAACGAGGGCCGCACGGGCGAUGAGUUCCUGCUGCUCUUCACCAUGGCCUCCAACCACCCGGCCUUCAGCUUCCACCAGAAGCAGGUGCUGCGCCAGGAGCUCACGCAGAUCCAGAGCAGCCUGAGCGGCGGCGGGGGCCCGGGGGGCAAGAGCGCGCUGCCCACCUGCCCGGCCUGCCACAAGGUCACUCCACGGACAGAGACCCCCGUCAGCAGCGUCAGUAAUAGUUUGGAGAACGCCCUGCACACAUCCGCACAUUCCACUGAGGAGUCGCUGCCCAAGAGGCCCGGAGGAAAACACUCCAGAGUGAGUGUUGAAAAGAUAGACCUGAAGGGAUUAUCACACAAAAAAAAUGAAAGAAAUGUUGAAUGUUCCUUUGAGGUCUUGUGGUCUGAUUCUUCAGUAACAUCAGUAACCAAAUCUUCCUCUGAAGUGACGGAAUUUAUCUCAAAGUUAUCUCAGCUGUAUCCCGAAGAAAAUCUGGAGAAAUUCAUUCCUUGCUUAGCUGGCCCAGAUUCGUUUUAUGUAGAGCGAAACCACAUGGAUCUGGAAGCGGACCUGAGGUAUUUGGCUUCCUUACCUUCUCACAUAUUAAAAAAUGACCAUGUUAAGAAGUUUUUCAGCACUUCAUCUCCCACCCAACAGCUUCAAAGUCCAAGUCCUGGCAACCCUUCCCUUUCUAAAGUCGGUACCAUGAUGGGCGUGUCUGGAAGGCCCGUGUGUGGAGUGGCCGGCAUCCCGUCCUCUCAGGGCGGUGCCCAGCACCACAUGCAGCACCCGGCCAGCUCGGCCGCCCUGCCCCACUGCUCGCAUGCAGGGGGCGCGGGCUCAGCCCUGGCCUACCGGGCCCAGAUGGACACCUCGCCCGCCAUCCUCAUGCCUUCCGGCCUGCAGGCCCCUCAGACCCAGGAGCAAAAUGGGAUUUUAGAUUGGCUACGGAAGCUGCGUUUGCACAAGUACUACCCCGUCUUUAAGCAGCUCACAAUGGAGAAGUUUCUAAGCCUUACGGAAGAAGAUCUAAAUAAAUUUGAAUCCCUCACCAUGGGAGCAAAGAAAAAACUCAAGACCCAACUGGAGCUGGAGAAGGAGAAGUCAGAGAAACGGUGCCUGAACCCCUCGGCUCCACCCCCAGCCAGCGGCGGUGGAGUGGCCCGCGUCCCCCCCACCAGCCACGUGGGGCCGGUGCAGACCGUGCGAAGCAACCAUGCUGCAGCACUGCGGGUGGAAGUGGAGCAGCCCCCUCACCCGACGGCCCGGGAAGGCAGCUCCUCGGAGUGCUCCAGCUCCUCACCCAGCCCGAUGGGGGUGCAGGCCCGGGAAGAGAGCUCGGACAGCGCAGAGGAGAACGACCGACGUGUGGAGAUCCACUUGGAGGGCCCGGACAAGGAGAAGCCCGUGAUGCUUCUGAACCAUUUCACGUCCAGCUCCGCCAGGCCCACGGCCCAGGUUCUCCCCGUGCAGAACGAGGCAGGGUCCAGUCCAUCAGGCCACCACCCGCUGCCUCCCCAGAUGAUGCCCGCAGCCUCGCACAUUGCGCCCAUCCGGAUGCUGAACUCCGUGCACAAGGCGGAGAGAGGGGGCGCUGACAUGAAGCUGCUCUCGUCCUCUGUGCACUCACUGCUGUCUCUCGAGGAGCGGAAUAAAGUCUCUGGACCAAGAAGCGGCGUCAAGGUGGACAAGGGCUUCGGCAGUGCCAUGGUGGAUGUGCUGCCCACGCCCGCCCCGCAUCAGCCUGUGCAGGUCCUCCCUGGACUUGCCGAGAGCAGCUCUGUGUCACCCACCGUCUCCUUUGGUCCCCGCACCAAAGUUGUCCACGCGUCCGCGCUCGACAGGGUGAUGAAGCCGGCGCCACAGCCGGCACUGGUGGUGGAGACCAGCAGCGCCGCCACGGGCACGCCGAGCACCGUCUUCCACGUGGCCCGGCCGCCCAUCAAACUUCUGGUGUCUUCAUCUGUCCCUGCGGAUUCCGCCAUUUCCGGGCAAACCUCUUGUUCUAAUAACGUGCAAAUAAGUGUGCCCCCGGCAAUAAUCAACCCCCGGACUGCCCUGUACACAGCCAGCACCAAAGCUGCCUUCUCUGCGGUGAGCAGUGUGCCCGUGGGCCCCCUGCAGGGCAGCUUCUGUGCGAACAGCAACACUGCCGCCUCCAGCAGCCACCCUUCCACGUCCUUCGCAAACAUGGCCCCCGGGCCUAGCUGCCCGGCCCCCAGCUCCAGCCCCGCGCUCUCCUCUGUCCCCGAGAGCAGCUUCUACAGCAGCAGCAGCGGCGGUGGGGGCGGCGGCGGCGGUGGCGGCUCCCCCGGGAACAUCCCUGCCUCGGCCCAGAACCACCACCACCACCACCACCAUCAGCAGCAGCCAGCGCCCCAGCAGCCCGCGCCCGCCCCGCCGCCCGGCUGCGUCGUCUGCACGUCGUGCGGCUGCAGCGGGAGCUGCGGCUCUAGCGGCCUGACCGUCAGCUACGCCAACUACUUCCAGCACCCGUUCUCGGGCCCGUCCGUCUUCCCCUUCCCGUUCCUGCCUUUCAGCCCCGUGUGCGGCAGCGGCUACGUGGGCGCCCAGCAGUAUGGCAGCGGCGCCUUCCCGGUUGUGCACUCGCCCUACGGCAGCGGCGUGGGCCCUGAGCCUGUGCUGGGCGGCCAGUCUGCCUUCGCCGUCCCGCCCGUGCAGAACUUCAUGGCGGGGGCGGCAGGUGUCUACCAGGCCCAGGGGUUGGUGGGCAGUAGCAAUGGUUCCAGUCACAAAAAGAGCGGGAACCUCUCGUGUUACAACUGUGGGGCCACCGGUCACCGCGCUCAGGACUGCAAGCAGCCGUCCAUGGACUUCAAUCGGCAAGGUACUUUUAGGUUGAAAUAUGCCCCUCCAGCAGAGAGUCUGGACUCCACAGACUGAUAUUUUUCUCUGGCAGCAGAACACUAUUAAGCCAUGGAGACCUAAGGAAAAUUAAAUACAAAACUGAGAAGUCUAGUUGCUAUCGAGCUUAAUAUUUUUAAUCCAAAGGUGCUUUACUUUUACUAGACUGGAUAGAAAACCUAGUGUAGGAAUGCAUCAAACUCAGUUUUAUUGCCAAAUCCUAGAUGGGAGCUUGAUGUCAGGACUGGCCUAGUGGGUGUCUCCACUGUGGGUGAGAAUUGGCCACCUCCACUCUUGGUCGCAAUGCAGAGACCUCCCGUCCCCCGAAGAGCAUUGCCAGGAUUGGUCCUUCUAGGCUCACACGUAAUUCCAGGGCAGCUACGUGAGGCUGGAAUCGAGAGCUGCAGGCCGGAGUUUUCCAGGUGGAGUUCCAGCAGUCGGACUCUUGACACCCCUGGUGAGGGAAAAUGUCACCUUUGUUCUGUUCUGUUCUGUUCCGUUUCGUUCCUAAAGUGGUUAGGCACUAAUCUCUGGGCUUCUUAAGGACUGCACUUGCGAAGAAUGUAAACUGAUGUCAAUCUCUGCAGCUCUGGGAGACAGACUCCCUGAGACCAGUCAGUGCAAGACACUCAGAAUCCGUUUUUAAAGAGUUGGCACCAGCAGGCUACAUGAGUUAGUACACAACAGAGAUUUUAGUAUUUCCUUCCCUCCUUAAAACACUUGUAGCAGUUUCAGGUUUUCAAUUUUUUUUCUGCAGGUAAAUUUAUUAAACUAUGUUAUUAGAUAGAAAUAGUUACUCGCAACAACUUAAUUUCUAAGGGUCCAAGUCCCAGAGAAUCCCUAGUUGUCAAGGCUUUGAGGACACCUUCCUCCCCAGCCCUGCAGAGCUUUGAGCCCUGUCGUCUUCCACACAGAGGAGCUCGGGCAGAGACAUAGCAGCACAGCCUCGUGAGUGGCUCUGGUGGAUGCCGCACGCCCUUAGCCCAGUGGUGAGUUCUUUUAUCUCCCAUGGACUCCCCGAGGACCCCAAGGCUUACUGCUAACGGAUUCACACUCGAGACAGACAUUUCAACAACAAUUAAUACAGUCCUAUAAUUUAUGAGCAAAAGAUUUGAAAUUUUCUCCUGUCAACUUCUUUUGUAUUAGACUGUGUAUCAAUAGGUAGUUCUGUUAAAAAUUACCUGGAAAACUACAAUAGAAAGUGGUAAGACUCUGAAAGAGACCACACCGACAGGACAGAGCCACAGGAUCUGCAGAAGUCUAGUUGUGUCAAGCCCACCACACAGCUCUCAGCUUCGUCCCACUGCAGUGAGAGCUUUUGGCCUGAAAUUUAGGGACUUAAAGCUUCAAGGCGAAAGGGAAUUUUCUGCUCAAAUAAUACUGUUUUAAAUGCUACAGCUUUCCAUAUUAAAAUAGUGAUUGGUAAGGCCUUGCCCAGGGAUUUUUCCAGUUGAAUAUUAAACAAAGAAAAUCACAAUACUCAGACCAUUCUUGGAAUGGGACAAUCAGCCUCGUGCAAAAUCGGUGUUAACUCACAAGAAUGCGGUGGAAUUUGAGGCGUUGUGACGUGAGCUCAGUUUCCUGGCUUCAUGGGAACUAAAGCAGAAAGUUACUACAUUUUUUUAAUGAAAGGCUUUUAGUAGAGUUUUGUAGAGUUUUAUUUUAGUAGUUUCAUUUCUAUGCAAUGCAGAAUUGACAGCCCUCUGUACUCUCUCUCCCUGGUACACAGUGUUACAUAUGGUUUUGAAGUAAUGAUGAUGCUCACAGCAGCUUUUGGGGGGACUGUUACAUUGAUCUCUUAAAUUAUAAACACUACAAAAUGUCAAGAUAAUGAGAACUGACACAACCUUGCCUUAAAGCGUACUAGACUGGAGCUUGUCGUGUUGUGUUUAAGGAAGACUUGGAGUGUUCAUUGAUGUUUACGAUUUUAAUAUUUCUGAAGGCCAUUACAGUGGCCUAGAUAUGUGCUGAAAGCCAAACUUUUAAAAUUUUUGGUUUUUUUAAACAAAGAAAUAUUUUAAAUAAAUCCUAUUUCAACACAGUGCAAUUGUUGAAAACUGUCUCAUAAAGAAAAAAAAUCAUAUUUAGGUUUUUGGUUUUAGUGGUCAGUACUGGGGGAUGAAAGUGUCUGCUGUUACCCUUCUAACUAUUUUGAUAAAAAAAUAUGAAAGAGGUUAGAGUCAAAUACAACAAAAAAUUAAAACAAACUUUGGUUUUAAGUAUGACACUCAAGUUGAGGCCAGUAAGUUCAGACACUGUGACUGUGUUCCAGUCAUCAGAGGUCUUGGAGAAGCUCCCAGCUGUCUGGGCCAGUGCGUGUGCAGAGUGAUGCCUCCAGCGAGGCCAUUCAGAGUCUGAGACAGGACACACGGCAUUCAGCUGCCAAUCCGUGAGACCUCUUCCCGAGUGAAUCCCGUACUUGGGAACAUUUGUUAGCAGUAUUCUCUCUGAUGAAAUUCCUCUCCGAAAGCAACCAGUCAGUAAGCCUAAAGGUGAUCUGGCAUUUCCUUAGAGCACAUCUUCAUCAGCUAGAAACACAGGUCAGACUGACCCUUCCAGCUACUUACCCAUCUUCUUGAAAUUGUGGGCAGGUUCCAGGCGCUGUGGCAGCAGGUAGGUGUGGCACAGCCACUCCGCUCUGUGUAAUUUGUCAUAUUUUAAAGUUUCUAGCCCCAUUUUUCAUCUCCAAGAAUGGAGAGAGUGGAAUGUGCAGAUUGAAGUAGAAUACAAUGUUGGGAUAAAACACUAAUCUCUUUGUUUUUUAAGCAAAACAUCCAGUUUUCUACCUUAUUUUCUAAUUUUUAUUUCAUGGUAACAUUGAAAAUCGGAAGGUGUAUAAAUGUUAAAACUUUUAAUUGCUAAAGAGCACUGAGGAAAUGGGAGCUAGCACGUAGAGAGAAAGCUAUUUUCUGGAAAGCAGAUACGCGAUUGGGUAUUUUAAAAACCAGCAUCGCCUAUAAUCUCCAAAAAGCUACAGGAGUCAGCUUGUUAAUAUAGUAGUUAGUCGGUUCAGUAUUUUAAUUCACUAUUUAGAACUCUAGGUCCUUUAUCACCAGGAGUCCACACAGUCCGUUCACACUGCACAACGUGUACGGAGGCGCACCGUGGUGCAGUAACUGCCUGACGGCUGCAGCUCGUUCCUGUGGAGCCCAGGCUGGCGAGGCUUGCCUUUGUCCAGCCCCCCCAGUGUUGCCAGGGAGCACUCACCGAGCACGAGUCGGGUCACACCCUGCUCGCCCCCUGUCGUUUUGUCACUCUCCCUGCUUCUGUGAUGGCUUACUUGAUGCCUUGCUAGUUUUACGUACUGAUAACCGAUGGCGUUACACGUUGAAGAGUCUUAAAGGUUCUAAGGGAAACCGUGACCCUGCUCAGCUGGACCACCCAUCCCGGUGGGGAUGGGCCUGUGGGACCUGAGCAGGUUGGCCGUCCUUUCCAAAGUGCAGGUGACUCCCAAAGAAUGAGGCAGGUGACACUUAAAGCCAUAGGUUCUGAAGAGGCUUAAUUACUGAAAAGUCCCGAGGUUCUGACUGAAAGUGAGUAUCUUAAUUCAACACUCGACACUGUGCUGGUUGAGCCCGAAGGUCAACAUCACUACACUGUUAAUGGAGGGAGGGGCGCGCUGGCCAGUCCGUCCCUGUGUUAGAACAAGCCCCUCACGUGGGAAAGUUCUUAGAUGCACAAAGACAAAGGCUUUGGUCCUGAAACUGAAGACCUCGUGUACUCAAGAAUCUUCACAGCUUCUAUUGGACAUAUUUUCUUUUUAGGAAUGAAGGAAAAUUCUCCCAUUUUUGAGCCAUUCUUUUAUGUCAAUUCUAUAAAACUGCAUGUAACUUUAUAAAUAUUUUUAAAAGAUAUAGUUUUGUAAAUAUUUAAUAUUCUGCUAAUUUGAUUUUGAAUUGUAAAUGUCAAGUAUUCUGUUUUUGGGGUUUUUAUGUUUUAUUAUACUUUGUUAAAAAGGAAAAAAUUGUACAUUUUUAGAAUGUUUUUAUGAGUAAAUUUAAUGUACUGAAAAUAAAAAAUUUUAAAAAAUCUA